AUGAUCGGGUACCACAAAUACGGCUUCAAGUACUCGUCGUGGCUGACGAAACGCGCUUGGUGGGGCCUGACGAACCUGCGUGCGCUCUGCAUGCGGGAUGUGGACCUGACCGACGGCGAGGUGGCAGGGGCGAUGGCGGACCUGCUGCGUACGACCCAGGUGCUCGAGCGAGUCGAUCUGGCAGCGGACUGGAUAGGUGGUGCGGGCUCCGGCGCCGCGCCGUGCGUGCGCAAGAUCCUGCUAGCGCUGGCAGACAACACGUCCAUGCGGCAGUUCCGGCUGUCCGUGCACAACGAGGAGUGCCUGCUGGGCGCCGACAUCGGCGACGCGGUGGCCGUCGUGGUCAGAGACAACAGAACCCUCAGGGAGCUGGAGCUGGAUCUCCAGAUCUGGCAUGACGCGGCGUACGACCUGGAACACAACGAGGCCAUCGAGUUCCCCUCGGUUGAGGCCGUCGCCCGCGCCCUGUCGACGAACACCACGCUGGAGAAGCUGCGGCUGCCGGGCCUCGGCACGAAAUGCGACGUUCCUACCGCAGGAGCGAUGAUUGCACGCAACACGAACCUGCGCCACCUGGGAUUCUACCAGCUGGCCUUGACCGCAACCGACAUGUGGUGCCUGGGGAGUGGGCUGGCAGGCAUGUCCAGCCUGCAGUCGCUCGAGGUGUGGUCGGUGGCCACGCACCCCAACGACGAGGUCCCAACUGGCAUCACGGGUGUGCUGCGUGAUGUUUUGAGCGUCGGCGCGCACAAGAGCCCGCUGCGGCGACUGAGCCUGCGCCUCUGUCUCCUGGACGGGGACGAAGCAUCGACUCUGGCGGACCUGCUCGCCUCCAAGCGCCACAUGCUGCAGGAGCUCGAACUGGUGCAAAACAACAUCGGCGACGAGGGGGCGGAGCAUCUCGCGAGGGCGCUGCGCACGAACACGACGCUGGUGUCGCUGCGCGUCGAGGACCGCUCGAUGUCGUGCGUCGGCGUGCUGGCGCUGCUGAGGGCGCUGCAGAGGAACGCUGCGCUGCGCGUCCUCGACUUCGGGGGGACCGUUGAGGUGACCCCGGACAUCCAGGCGGAGCUGCAGCACGUGCAUUGGCGUGUGCGGAUCUGA